AUGUAUUUUCAGACUCUGUUUGUGAUUUGUUGUGUUGUACUCUCGAAGGCCGAGGAUUACCAGGACUCGUUAAAGAAACUAUGGAAUAAGAAUAGUGAAUCUGUGAUUGAUGUUACUAGUGCUUCUAUUGUCAUUCAGCCUUCAAGGUAUGGAAGGGAAACCAAAGUUCCUUACACGUACCGAGCUUACGCCUUCAAGCCUCGCGCUAUUCCCCUGAAAGAAGAACCUCAAAUGGAAAGAAGUAAUUACUAUACAAAUGAAAUAAAGAAUAAAACUGAUAUACUUUUCCCUGGUAAUUAUUUGCCAAUUGCCAAAGAGAAAAGUGAUGAUUCUGGUGGUCGGUUUCUCGCUAAAGCGAUACCUUUGAUCAGGAGUAAUGAAUACCAGAGGAGAUCUUUGGAUGUUGACGAACCCAUAAUUGAGAAGCCUGAGGGUUUUUCUGAGGUUCCUGCUUCGAGGAGAUCAUUAUCAUAUAUCCUGGGAGUAGACGGCGACGACGAUGAUUACACUGAAUACGAAGAAGAAGAUGUAAAAGAUGAAGAAAGAAAAAAGAAUGGAUUAAAGAAAGUGAAACAGAAAAAACUAAAAAAAUAUAUGCUCCCACUUUUAUUGGCUUAUAAAAUGAAAUAUUUUGCCCUAGUUCCUGUAAUGAUUGCUGGCCUUGUACUGUUGAUUGGUGCAACUGGUUUGGCAGGAUUUUUCUUUGCAUUAUUUGCAGCAGUUAUGGGAUUACAGAAAGGAAGUUAUUAG